AUGGCAAGUGGAGUCUUUGGCUCUUCGUGUUUUGCUCUUGGUGCAACCUCCCUCCUACGUCUAUAUCUCCUGCCAGCCAACAUCUUUGUGGGACCUCCCAACACAAAAAACAGUCCCUUUCCAUACAUCGUACAUUUGUCAUUCCUCUCCGCACAUUUUCCUUUCCUCUGCCUCCCAAUCUUGCUUUCAUGCUAUAUCUUUUUGUUUGCGCAACAUUUUUGCAGAAAAAAACCCGGCUCUCCGAGACCUGACUAUGCAAGGUCCUCCCCUUUCCCUGAAUCCCUUUGGCCCGAGCCCAUGCUGGAUCCCAGCACAGGAGACUACCUGCAAGAACAAGUGGGUGGUGGUAAACACUAUGUGGAUCCUGUCAUGGAUCCGACUCCAACCUGUCUUCGCACACACAUUAAACCCACAGCUCGUGACAUGGGGCUUGUCAAGGAGGCUUCCAUGCGUCAUCAAGCCAUGCCUGCUAACAAUCAGCCAACUGGAGGCGACUCUGGACCCGUUAGCGAGCCCAUCGGUCAGGAAGUCGUGGACCUUCCGCAACUUUCUGUGCAUGUCGCUGUUAGCAUACCACCUAACAUCCGCAGUAGUCCAGCGCCCGAGCUUGCGCCAGCACAUCAGGCUGUACCUCUUCAGGAUCUAUUCUAUGAUUCUGCCAUCGCCCCUCCCAAGGUUCCUCCACAACCAAAUCUAUUUACUAAGCCUGCUCGUGUCGACUAUGGGACAUACAACUUUAGUGGCGACUUUGCCAGUUCUCAUAACAUUGCUGAUGACAUUCCUGGUCCCUCUACACUACCCGCAACCACCGGUUUCCACAACAUCAUCAAUAGCAUUCCUGGUCCUUCUGCACUACCCACCACCACCAGUCCCUCUGUGAUACCCUCUGUCCCUGAGACACGCCUCAUACCUCCGACUCCCACUUUUCAGAUCAAUCCAGUGUUGAUAGGCUGUGAUCUUGAUGAUGUUCUGAUGGACGACAGUGAUGAUGACGUUCUGAUGGAUGGGAGUGAUGAUGGCGUUCUGAUGGAUGGUAGUGAAGGUAUCAUCCCUGUUGUGAAAGGACGGAGGAGCAAUGCAACAAAUGCCAUCCUCCGCAAGGGUUUCAUAAAUAUGGAACACCUCGUGCAUGAGCUCAGUCGGGAAGUGUCCGUCCCCACUCAUCAAGUCAUCUCAUUGUGGAACAAGAGUCAUGCUCGCAGCAUCAAUCGUGUCAACCACUGGAAUGCAUAUAGCAGCUACUUCAAAGAUAAUCUCAAGCAGGAGCUUGACAGACUCGGUGGCAAGGCCCCUGAUGUACCAGGAACACCAAGCACUACUGUACGCCGUAACUGCUACAAGCUAUUUCAAGUAGCGUAUCCCGACUCCUGGCAGACCAUCCUAGAGUAUCAUGGCCAGUCCGUACUUCUCGAUGGUGUCCCUCAGACCAUUUCCAUGUGUGCACAGGAGUUUCAAAAGUUUUGUAAGAAGAUCACCGCCGUGAUGGAUGGAGGAGCUGCACGGUUUGGAUUUGAAGCAGCUUUGGUGGCAUGUGGAAAAGUCAUUAAUCAAGAUGGUGGUCUUGGCCUGGCUCAUACAACUGCGGGAGCCACUGGUUUUUGGCUCUCACAUUGUAAGGCUGAUGAUGAUACGAUCAUCGGGCAUCUCAAGGCGCAAGUAUAUAAUUUGACGUCACUCGCCAUCAUUGAGGAAACCUUCCCAGAAGAUAACAAUGUUACCCUGCUAGACGUGCCCAAUGAGCGUGAGGCUUCAAUCGCUCUAUCCAACACCAUCGAUAUAUCCAAGGAUGGGACCGGGUGGAUCAAGGCAGAGAUCUCUCGCCAACUCAGAGCAACAGCAAACCUGGGCGGUAAAUUCCUAUCAUCAAAGAAGUUCCCUUGGAAUACACUCCCAGGCGAGCUCACACAUCAGGGGAUAAUGAUAAAGGGAUACCCUGAGGAUGUCAUACUCCCCGGGGAACACCAUGCUUCAAAGAGCAAAGGCAUUGCCAAUCUCACUCUGAAGGAGGUCAGUGAGGUCAUCGCGGCAUUAAAGGCGCGUUUUGCUACAGCUAAGAUCCUCACUUCUGAAUGUCCAGUAGUGGAGGGCACACGUCCCCCAGCAGAUUCUGCCCAUACAGCAGGACGUCGUCUUUUCGCGAACGGAAAUUCUGAUCACAAUGGACUUGCUCACGAGAAGCCUAGUAAGGCUGUCACCAAACGGAAGGGAAAGACCUCUCAGAAGGCACCGGCCUUAGGUGCUUCCACAAUCUCUCUCUCUGACGACUCUGGUGACUCCGACUCUGAUGAUCCAUCUGGUCCCCCCAUCAAACCCUUCGGUAGACUUCCCCCCUCGCGUGAAUUCAAGGUUGUGCAGCUCCCGAAGCAACAGACAAAGGUCGUGAAGUCGAAGGUCGUGAAGGCGAAGGAUGUUAUCUCUCUUGUAUCUAGUGAUGUCCAAUCGGGUGCAGAGGAUGGCACCACUAAGAAAGCCGACUCCGACUAUGAGGACAAGGUUAUGUCCAAGAAACAGAAGGUGAAGUCAGAGGGUGGCUUGCGAGUGGCCAAGAAGAGGGCUUCGUCUCCUGAGGCUCCUGUGCCUAAGGUAAAUAAGGGCAAGGUGCCCAUGAGGGCCAAGGGACAAAAUGAGAAGGUAGCGAAGCCUGAGAUUGUCCAGUCCUCUGAUGAUGAAAUGCCUGAUGACACUGCUAAACGCCUUCGUGCUGGUCCACCAGAACUCAAAGAGUGCCCAAAGCCCCGUCCAGUCAAGCCCCCUGUCACAUGCGAGGAGACCAACUCUACCAAUGUGAAUGUUUCAGACCACACUGAGCUGACUGCUGAUGCUACUGCAGACCAUGCUGAGGUUAACGACAGGCUUCCUCCAUGGUCUGAGUCACCAGUAUCACCCUCACCAAUGUGUUGCCAGCCUUCCCACAUGCUCAUGGACCAUGUUGUCCCUGCUGCAACCGCUCCAGAAAGUGUUGCUCCUGCUCCAGCCUUGCCCAAUGACGAGCUACAUGGAGAAACUGAUCGUACACUGGUUCAGCAAGGAGAUUUCGUCAUUGGGCCCUCCCAUGAUGCCAACCUGAGACCAGAUAUUGUUCAGACUGAUGGCCGCAUGUAUGGCCCACAUCAGGGAUCACGUAUGGAGUCACGUUAUCAGUCAACAUGGAACAAUCCUCCAUAUGGGGAGAAUCAUCUGCAGGGUCCUGGCUGUGGGUUCCCUCGCUAUCCACCAACUGAUUACCAGCGCGGUUAUUAUUAUGAUCAGCAUAUGCAGCAUGGCCUUCCGCCCCCUCAUGUCCCCCCGCCUCCUCGUGAGUCGCAGCCUCCUUGUGGCUCUCAGCCUCCUCAGCCUUCUCGUGGCUCUCAACCUCCUCGUGGCUCCCAACCUCCUCGUGGCUCUCAGCCCCCUCAGCAGUAUGAUGAAAACCACCAUCGCGGCGGUGGAUAUCAUGAUGGUCACUCCCACGACCACGACCCUCGAGAGUACCAUGAAGAGUAUUGGCACCCCUCCCUUAACCGAUAUUAUGGGGGAGGGUAUAACCACAGGUAUGGUGGGUACAGUCCUGAUUACUCUGAUGACCAGAUGGAGCUUUGA